AUGUCGACAAAAGCGCCGAACACUAAUCGAGGUUUAGGAACUCUAGUGGACAGCUAUGUUCGCAAAAGACUCCGUCGUGACAUUCACCCUGCGCUUGCCAAGGUGCGGGACAAAUCUGAGGCAGAAUCAACAUUCCUGAAAGCCACAGGCACUGAACUCCGAGUAUCGUGUCAUACAGCUGUAGGUGCGAGCGAAGAUGGAAACCAGAGCCCAACGUCCGUUGCCAUGGUGGCAGGCGAAAAUGACUGCGGCAUCUCUCUUGAAGAGAUAUACCGAGAUGCCACACAAGAAGAGCUGCGGUUUCAAUUAGCAAUCGCUGAUUAUGAGAAGCUAACAUCAGGACCAAAAUUCGGUUCAGGAAUCACCACCAAGCCUUCGUUUACUUGGCAAGAUGUCUUGGAAGAGGCCCAGCGGGCUGCAGACACGUAUUCGGAGGCUUCUGGAAUGUGGAACAAGAUUCGAAAGGGUCUUUGCAGCUUCGGGCGAAAUGCAAAGGCUUUCGAUGCCUGGGCCAGCUUGCUACCGUCUCAGUCCGAAUACCUAUCUGUUCUGUGCGGAGGAUUGAAGUUUAUCCUUGGGGCUGCUGCACGCUUGCACGAACUCAAUUCGGAUGUUUGUGAUGCUCUGGCGGAAAUUCCGAUUCUGUUAAAAAGCACACAUCUGGUGUUGGGGAUCUUCAAACGCUCCAAGGACCUCCAUCAAGCAAGUGCGGACCUUUAUUCUGCGAUAAUAGCAGCACUGCAUCACAUUGUUUUGUGGUAUAGAGAGAAAGCCAUCAGAACGCUUUUCAAGAGUAUCCUAAAGCAGGACGCAUAUGCUAUACAACUUACAGAGCUCCUCAGCCACGUUCGCCAACAAGCUGACCGCUUCGAACAUGUUGUUCGUCUCAACUCUUAUUCAAGAAGGAUGUUUGUUGACUUUGCUGGUAUCCCAUUGGAGAGAUGUUACACUUAA